GCCCUCCCCCUCUGUCUCUGCGUACAGCCAAAAACAAGAAGAAGAGAUUUUAGUCUCUAAUUUUUCUAGAGAGAGAUAAAAAUAAAUUCCCCAAUCAUAAAUUUCUGUCAUGUCUAGGGCUCUUAAAUUAAUUUUUCCUCUCAAACAUUAAUUUGCAUUUUCCCGAUCAUUCGAACUUCUAAAUGAAGCACAAAUUUCAUAGUUAUUUUACAUUUCGUUACCAAAUUUCCUGAAAAUUCAAGCUAAUUUUAAUUUCCUCGCGAUCAGAAAAUUCAAGUUACAGGCUUACAGGUAUACACUUGGUCCUAUUUUUUAUGGUAUGCUCUCUCAAAAGUGGGAGAAUGGCAGCCUUGGCGAGGCUUCUUGCAGAUGGAAGCGUCUCGCAAACUGUUGCAGAGGACAUAGAUCGCCAGAAAUUAACUGCAAAAUACCUGCACAGAGAAUUACGUGAGGCAGAUGAAGCAAAUUUGAUCGAUGAAGAAGAUAUGCACGUGUUUGGUUUGAGACCCAUGGCAGAUCCUUUAUAUUUGGUAUGCUGCAAUGCUUGUAAGAAGCCAAUUAAGUCCAGUCAUUACGCUGCACACUCAGAACUUUGUAAGUCUCUAAAUUUCAAAGAAGAAAUCGUUUCAGAAGUUGACGGCGCUUCUGGGCAAAAGAAACUUCCACGUAAGGACAGAAAAAAGCUACUGGUUGCUCAAGCUAACCAAGCUACAACUGUCCGGGAACAAGAAAAGUUUGAAUCUCUAGAUUCUGACAUUAUGACUGCACCAGAAUCACAUUUCGAUGAAGAGCUUCAAAUGAUUUCCUUAGCUGAAGCUAAACGAAAUACAAAGUGUGGGAAUGAGACACCAAGAAUAAAUAGUUUGAAAGUUAAUCCUGUUAAUAUGGAGCGUUCAGAAACUGUGAUACCCAGUCCAACUAAGCGUGUCAAAAGGACUGUAGUUGAGAGUCAAUCAUGUCCAGAUGCCAAGUCUCCAUGUAUAACAUCUGAAGAGGUCCUUCAAUGUCGAGAUAUUCCAACUAGAUCAAGUGGAAGGAGUGAGAAGAUAUCUAAAGUUGCCAUUCGAAAUCAAACCUCAGAUGAAAUCUAUGAAAGUUUAGUAACCAAAGCAAUCUCAGAUGUUCCUGCUCCCAUUGCAACUAAAAUGUACUAUUCUCAAAGAAACCAUUAUCUCCGAAGCAUUAUUAGUCACAUGUUUUAUGCGGAAUCGAGGAAGGAACAAAGCAGUGAAUAUUUCACUUCAGAAGGCUUACAAGUCAAUUCGGAGCAAACACAGCCUUCGUCUCCCAGCUACCUUUACCGUGGAAAAGUUAAGAAUCAGCAGAGAGAAGAACAUUCUUUGCAUCUUGGGCAAACACUCGAUCAGAUUCCAGCAGGCAAUUCAGAAUUGUACAUGGGCAAAUCACAAGGAUUUGUUCCAGCCGCAAACAUUUCAUCUCCCUUUCCUGUGAAUAAUACCCUAGAACCUCACACUUCCAUUGGAAAUAUAAGCAAUUACAUUCCAAACUCUUAUUCUUUUGCGGGCAGAACAGGAAACCCUAUAGGGACCAUGCAGCAGGCUAAUGGAAGAGUUCCAGUCGUAUAGAAGUCUCGAAGAAAAUUAUUGGUAAAGUUGAUUUUCUUUUUGCUCUUGUUUACGAGGUUGAGGCUAAAUUGCAGAGUCCCAAAAAAGGUUUAGUGUACACUGGACAUCCAACAAUGUUGACAACACCAGUGUGUAUAU